GCGAAGUGAUAAGAAGAGAUAACGAUUCGAGUACGUGUGAUUUGUGAUUCCAAAAAUUAAAGUACAAAUUCUGCAAAAUAUGUCUCGUGUUUCGCGAUUUUCAAUACUUUAAAUACGUUCGAAAAACUACAGAAAGUAUAUAAUAAUGAUAUGAAUUUCUAAACCUUCAACAGAGACUUCACCUCUUCAAGUUUCAAGGCUGCUAGUAUGUUUCUGGUGUAGUGGUUGAAAAUUUUAUGCAUAUUACCAUAGCAUAAUAUUAGUAAAAAUCCGAGAUUCUCAAGGUUACCGAAAUAAAAAAAAAAAAAACUAAAAAAUCCAGUUUGUUAUAUAACGUUUAUUCAUUAAAAAUAUAACUCAACAAUAGACGAAAAUUUAUAUCCAGAGUAAACACUCAUCUUAUACCAUCUCUUCGAUCAAGCGUAAUUAUGUGGUCGAUGUGUGCGAAUGAAUGAAAUGAUGGGCACUGCGAAUUUUCUGCAUUUUGGGGACAUAGUAUCGUUAUUCGCCGAAGGCAGUGUCAGCGGCUUCCUUAGUACUUUGGGGUUGGUCGACGAUCGAACGGUAGUAUGUCCCGAAGCUGGAGAUUUAAACAGUCCUCCGAAGAAAUUCAGAGACUGUUUAUUCAAAGUAUGUCCUAUGAAUCGAUAUUCUGCCCAAAAGCAAUUUUGGAAGGCAGCUAAACCGAAUUCCGGUUCAACGGAUGCGAUUCUAAUUAAACGUUUACACCACGCAGCUGAAAUAGAAAAGAAGCAAAAUGAUUCCGAAAGUAAGAAGCUUUUCGGUAAUGUCGUUCAAUAUGGUAGCGUUGCUCAGAUAUUGCAUUUAAAAUCCAAUAAAUACUUGACCGUAAAUAAAAGAUUACCGGCUUCGUUGGAGAAAAAUGCGAUGAGAGUAUAUUUAGAUGCCAAUGGCAACGAAGGUUCGUGGUUUUACAUACUGCCAUUUUACAAACUCCGAUCAACUGGUGAUAACGUUGUGCUCGGAGAUAAAGUCAUCUUGAAUCCGGUCAACGCUGGUCAGCAAGUGUUACACGUUGCACCGAAUUACGAAUUACCUGAUAAUGCCGGAUGUAAAGAGGUGAAUGUAUUGAAUACGAAUACAUCUUGGAAAAUAACAUUGUUCAUCGAACAUCGAGAAAAUGUUGACGAUAUUCUUAAAGGAGGCGAUGUCAUACGAUUAUUUCACGCCGAACAUGAGAAAUUUCUCACCAUGGACGAGUACAAGAAAAAACAGCACGUUUUUCUACGUACAACUGGUAGAACUUCGGCUACCGCAGCUACCAGUAGUAAAGCUUUGUGGGAAGUUGAAGUCGUUCAACACGAUCCUUGUCGAGGUGGAGCUGGUCAUUGGAAUUGUUUAUUUCGUUUCAAGCAUUUAGCAACCGGUCAUUAUUUAGCAGCCGAAAUCGACGAUGACAUCACCGAAGAUCCUAUGCGAGCUAAACUACGAACUACGGUCAACAGUCCAGUUUAUCAUUUGGUAUCGGUUCCACAUUCGAACGAGAUCGCAUCUUUGUUCGAAUUGGAUCCUACGACGUUAACUCGAGGUGACUCUUUAGUACCUCAAUCAUCUUACGUACGUUUACAUCAUUUAUGCACCGAUUCGUGGGUUCACAGUACUUCGAUUCCAAUCGAUAAAGAUGAAGAGAAACCGGUCAUGUCGAAGGUUGGUUGCGCACCUAUUAAAGAAGAUAAAGAAGCUUUUGCCUUAAUUCCAGUUUCGCCGGUUGAAGUUAGAGAUUUAGAUUUUGCUAACGAUGCAUGUAAAGUUUUAGCUUCGAUUUCUUCUAAAUUAGAAAAAGGUCCGAUUUCCCAUAACGAUCGAAGAGCGGUGACCAAUCUUUUACAAGAUAUUGUUUAUUUUAUCGCCGGAAUGGAAAAUGAACAAAAUAAAUCGGAAGCUUUGGAUGUUAUUGUAGCUAAUCCUAAUAGGGAUCGUCAAAAAUUGAUUCGUGAACAAUCGAUUUUGAAACAGUUAUUUAAAAUAUUACAAGCUCCUUUUCUGGAAACAUCGGCUGGAGAUGGACCUUUUCUUAAAAUAGAAGAAUUAAAUGAUCAAAAACACGCAGCUUAUAAACAUAUAUUCAGACUAUGCUACAGAAUUCUUCGAGUGAGCCAGCAAGAUUACAGAAAAAAUCAAGAAUAUAUCGCCAAGCAUUUUGGUUUCAUGCAGAAACAAAUCGGUUACGAUAUCUUGGCCGAAGACACGAUCACCGCUCUGCUGCACAAUAAUCGUAAACUACUCGAGAAGCAUAUCACAGCCGCUGAAAUAGAAACUUUCGUCGGUCUGGUGCGAAAAAAUAUGCACAACUGGGAUUCGCGUUUUCUAGAUUAUUUAUCCGAUUUGUGCAUAUCGAAUAAGAAAGCCAUAGCUAUUACACAAGAGCUUAUCUGUAAAAGUGUGCUCAGUACGAAGAAUUCGGAUAUAUUGAUUGAAACUAGAAUAAUAGAUCCUGCUGAUGGUUCAAAUGGAGAUCCAAAAAAGAAAGAAGUACUUCUCGUUUGGAGUAAUAAAAAUAAAAGUAAACUUCUCGUGGAGCUUUCAAAAGACUCCAAACACGGUGAUAAAAAUGCCCAAGGAUUACUAGAUUACUACAGACAUCAGUUGAACUUAUUUUCAAAUAUGUGCCUGAAUCGACAAUACUUGGCUUUGAACAGCCUAUCUCCUCAUUUAGAUAUCGAUUUGAUUCUAAAAUGCAUGUCGGAUGAAAAUGUCCCCUACGAGUUGCGUGCGUCGUUUUGCCGUCUCAUGUUGCACUGUCACGUCGAUAGAGAUCCUCAAGAACCUGUUACUCCGGUCAAAUAUGCUCGUUUAUGGUCGGAAAUACCCACAAGGAUGUCUAUCAAUGUAUAUGACAAUAAUAAAACCCCUGAUCCGAAUAAAGAAGCUGUCAGAGCGCGAUUCAGUUCGACGAUUUUGUUCGUCGAAGAUUAUUUAUUCAACGUUGUGGCUAAAACGUGGAGUUUUACCGAUCCUCAUCAGAAUAAGUUGACGUUUGAAGUAGUCAAACUGGCCAGAGAUUUGAUCUAUUUCGGAUUCUACAGCUUUAGUGAUUUAUUAAGAUUGACUAAAACACUACUUCGUAUUUUGGAUUGUAUUUCGGAGAACGAUUUCAGCAAAGGAACGGUUCCUACCGGAGAUAUUAUUUCCGAAGGUGGAGUAUUACGUUCGAUAGGCGAUAUGGGAGCAGUAAUGACUGGUUUGACUUUAGGAGCAUCCGGUAUCAGUAGACCAAACACGGCGACACCUUUAAUCGAACACAAGAAUCUUAAUUUAUUGAAAAACGAAGCCUAUCCUUUGGUCAUGGAUACGAAAUUGAAAAUAAUCGAGAUUUUACAGUUUAUUUUGGAUGUGCGUUUGGAUUACCGUAUUAGUUGCUUGUUGUCGAUUUUUAAACGAGAGUUUGACGAAUCGGAACGUACUGCUGGCGAUACGGUUCCGAUGCACAAAAACAUAGACUUAGAAUUGAUCGGAAUGCAGGCCGAAGGAAUCUUCGGUAACAGCGAAGAGUGCGUCGUGUUGGAUUUAGAUGGGUAUGGAGGUAGAACUUUCCUGAGGGUUUUACUCCAUUUAACCAUGCAUGAUUAUCCUUCUUUGGUAUCCGGAGCGUUACAUUUGUUGUUUAGGCAUUUCAGUCAACGUCAAGAAGUCUUGCAGGCGUUUAAGCAGGUUCAACUAUUGGUAUCCGAUAGCGACGUAGAAUCGUACAAACAAAUAAAAUCAGACCUGGACGUACUACGACAAUCGGUAGAGAAAUCAGAACUGUGGGUAUUUAAGGCUAAAAGCGACGAAGAGCUGGGUAAAAACAGUCGCGAAGACGAAGACGACACCAGUCGCAUAAGCAACGACUCCAAAUCAAUUAAACAUUCGAUCGGUUCGAUCGGUAAACAAGAUUCCGCCAUUGAUUUAGAUAUCGGCCCUCCCAUACACAAUGAUCAAGCCGAAGAGUAUAAAAAAAUUCAACAAAUACUUAUCCGUAUGAAUAAAUUAUGCAUUAAUUACGCUCCCAAUGGUUUGAAACAACCGCGAAAACACGAACAAAGACUGCUGAGGAAUGUCGGAGUUCAUACGAUCGUGCUGGAUUUACUUCAAGUACCUUACGAUCAGAAAGAAGAUAUCAGAAUGAACGAAUUGAUGCGCUUGGCUCAUCAAUUCUUGCAGAAUUUCUGUCUGGGUAACCAACAGAACCAAGUUUUGUUGCACAAACAUCUGGAUUUGUUUUUAAAUCCGGGAGUACGAGAAGCUGAAACUGUCUGCAGUAUUUUCAAAGAUAAUUAUACGCUUUGUAGCGAAGUAGACGAUAAAGUGAUACAGCAUUUUAUCCAUUGUAUCGAGACCCACGGUCGUCACGUCGAGUAUUUGAAAUUUUUCCAAACUAUUGUCAAAGCGGAGAAUCAAUUUUUACGUAAAUGUCAAGAUAUGGUCAUGCAGGAGUUGGUCAACGCUGGUGAAGAUGUGCUGAUUUUUUAUAACGAUAAAUCAUCGUUUAAUCAAUUCAUCGAAAUGAUGCGUACAGAAAAAAACGGUUCCGAAGAAAACAGCCCGUUAAAGUACCAUAUAGAACUCGUUAAGUUAUUAGCCUGCUGCACAAUGGGUAAAAAUGUGUACACGGAGAUCAAAUGCCAUAGUUUAUUACCUCUAGACGACAUAGUAGCUGUCGUUUCUCAUCCUGAUUGCAUUCCCGAAGUUAAAGAAGCGUAUAUUAGUUUCCUGAACCAUUGUUAUAUCGACACUGAAGUCGAAAUGAAAGAAAUUUACACCUCGAACCAUAUGUGGAGCUUAUUCGAGAAGAGCUUUUUGGUCGACAUGAAUCACGUGACCAGUAGCGCGUAUCUGAUGUCUAGAUCGGAAGCUGAUACCGCUCUGGAGUCGUACGUGACGAAUAGCGUAAUGAUGUUGAUUAACACGUUCUUUAAUAGUCCUUUUUCCGAUCAAAGUACAACGUUGCAAACUAGGCAACCGAUUUUCAUCCAAUUACUGGAUUCCGCUUAUAGGAUCACUCAGUGCAGUUGGAUUACUGCUUCGCAAGCGUACACCGUAGAAAAUACGAUAAAAACGUUGAUAGAUGUUGCCAAAGGUAGAUCGAUAGCUAUACCUUCGCAUUUAGAAAGCAAAGUUCAGGCGAUAUUUACGAAGCCCUCGUUACUCUCGAGACAGACGUCGAAAUGGCUACAGGCUGUGAAAUCACCGAAAGUCGAACGUACAUCGUCUCAUUUGAUGAGAAUAGAUCGAAGUAUCAUCGAAGGUCUCCAAGACAUCGUUCUGCUGCUGGAAGAUCAGUUGAAACCUUUAAUGUUGGCUGAGCAAUCUUUACUGGUAGAUAUCCUCUACAGACCCGAGCUUCUCUUCCCCUCUGGUACAGAUGCCAGGAGUAGGUGCGAAAAUGGAGGAUUUAUUUGCAAGUUAAUCACUCAUACAGAAAAAUUACUAGAAGAGAAAGAAGAGAAAUUAUGCGUUAAAAUAUUGAACACGUUGCGUGAAAUGAUGACUGUAGAUUCGGAAUAUGGUGAAAAAGGUGAUCAUUUAAGGAAUAGCUUAUUAGUUCGAUAUUUCGGUAAAUCGAUGAGCGUACGACAAACUCCUGUCGAUGUUGGUCCUCAAAAAAAUACUAUAAUAUUUCACGGACCAGGAGCGAGACUACUAAAUAGAGCCGGUUUAACUCUACACGAAGUUCAAUGUCAUUUAGACAGCGAAGGAGCUUCUGAUCUUGUCGUCGAGCUGGUCAUAAAUUCGGUCAAUUCGCCUUCCAUUUUCACAGAAGCGGUUUCCCUAGGAAUUGCUUUACUAGAAGGAGGAAAUCCGGUGAUACAGAAAAGCAUGUAUAGUAAAUUAUUAGGAGGCGAUUUGAGUCAAGCGUUUUUCAAAGUAUUUUACGAUAAAAUGAGAGAUUCUCAGCAAGAAAUAAAAUCCACUGUUACGGUCAAUACGUCGGAUAUGGCAGCUAAAGCGCACGAAGAUAAAGACGCAGUUAAAGAUAUCGAAAGAAUGUCUCGUAGUAGGAAAGCCAAAUUGACCGCUACGAUAGUUACUGAAGAAUUACGCCAAGAACUCAAUCAAGCUGCUUUGGCAACGAACCAAGCAUAUGCCAGUUGCCCUCCUCUAUGUUCAGUUGGCGAAGAACCUAGUAACUUCACCAUCAGCCAUACCUCAGCUCUGGAAGACAUGCUGGCCGAAAAACUCGACCACAAACAAAAAGAUAAAGACGAACAAAACAAACUAUCUUCUAAAGUCUUGGUGAUGAAACCAAUCCAGCGAUUUUUGCAACUCUUGUGCGAAAACCACAACAGAGAUUUGCAAAACCUGCUUCGAAAUCAGAACAACAAAAAUAAUUACAAUUUGAUCUCGGAAACAUUAACGUUUCUCGAUUGUAUUUGCGGAUCGACUACAGGCGGUUUGGGUCUACUCGGAUUAUACAUUAAUGAAAAUAACGUCUCGUUGAUCAAUCAAACGCUGGAGACAUUGACCGAGUAUUGCCAAGGACCGUGUCACGAUAAUCAGAAUUGUAUCGCGUCUCACGAAUCCAAUGGAUUGGAUAUCAUUACAGCUCUGGUAUUGAACGAUAUCAAUCCUUUGGGUAGAACCAGGAUGGAUUUGGUAUUGGAGUUGAAAAACAACGCGUCCAAGUUAUUGCUAGCUAUUAUGGAGAGUAGAGGUGAUAACGAGAACGCUGAGAGGAUCUUGUAUAACAUGAAUCCGAAGCAAUUGGUUGACGUUGCCUGUCGAGCUUUUCAUCAGGAAUCUUUGGAUGACGAUGACGACGAUGUUAUUAUGGAUGAUGUAUCGAUCGAUGGAGACGAUGGAGUAUCUCCGAAAGACGUUGGUCACAAUAUUUACAUUUUGUGUCACCAAUUGGCUCAACACAACAAAGAUCUCGCAGCUUUGCUCAAACCCUCCGACUUGAAUCCAGAUCCAAAAGUGAACGAAGCUCUUCGACAUUACGCGACGCACACAGCUCAAAUUGAAAUCGUACGUCAUGACAGAACUCUCGAACAGAUCGUCUUCCCUAUACCAGAAAUAUGCGAAUACCUAACGCACGACACCAAAGUGAAAGUCUUCCAUACGGCCGAAACCGACGACCAAGGUUCCAAGGUGUCUGCAUUUUUCGAAAAAUCCGAGGAUAUGUUCAACGAAAUGAAAUGGCAAAAAAAACUAAGAGGACAACAAAAAUUAUUCAAAGUUAGUUCCGGUAUGUCGUUGUGGAGUAGUAUUGUAUUUUACUGCGCUGUAUUGAUUAAUCUUAUCGUCGGAUUUUUCUAUCCGUUUCAAAGCACCGUCCCUGAAAUUAGUCGGUUUUGGCUCGCUGUGAUUUUUUUGAUCGCCGUAGUAUCGGGUGGUUUGACGACGACGGUGAAAAAAUUUAAAUCAUUUAGUGGGAUCAUUGCUGUCCUGACUACGAUCGCUGUGAUUAUAUUUAUAUUCGGGCCUCAGCUAACAGUGGCGUUACUCGGUGUAGUGACGGUUGUCUUGAAAGCUGUUCACAUUCUUAGUAUAUUCGGUAAUCAAGGAACAUUCCAAAAAAAUAUCAACGAAGUGAUCACCGAUAAAGGAUUAUGGUACCAUAUGGGUUACAUCACGUUAGUUAUAUUGGGCCUGGUUUUACAUCCUUUCUUUUAUUGUAUUCUUUUACUGGAUAUGAUAUACAGAGAAGAAACUUUAUUAAAUGUGAUCAACUCGGUCACUCGUAAUGGUUUGUCGAUUAUUUAUACAGCUUUCCUGGCCCUAAUACUGGUAUACAUAUUCUCAUUCGUCGGUUACUUGUUCUUCAAAAAUGAUUUCCUAAUCGAUGUCGAUGAAAUGGUAGUUCCUGAAAUCGAACAACAAAGUCCCAUCAUGGGAUCAUGCCCAGCAGAUAGAACAGAUUGCGUUUAUUCAGGAUCUCCUUUUAAUCUCGACGAUAAAGAUGAUGAUUUAUCCAUUUCGGAUCCUAAAACCGUAGAAGUAGACGGUGAAACGAAAGAAAGAGCUUGCGAUACGUUAAGAAUGUGUAUAGUUACUACUCUGAAUCAAGGUUUGAGAAACGGAGGAGGUAUCGGUGACGUGCUUCGAGCUCCUAGCAGCGAAGAACCGUUAUUUUUUCCUCGAGUGAUCUACGAUUGUUUAUUCUUCUUUAUACUGAUUAUUAUCGUUUUGAACGUGAUAUUUGGUGUGAUUAUCGACACGUUCGCUGAUUUGAGAAAUGAAAAGCAACAGAAAGAGUCGACUUUGAAGAAUACCUGUUUUAUUUGCGGACUGAAUCGUUCGGCAUUUGACAAUAAAACGGUGACUUUCGAAGAACAUAUAGUCAACGAGCAUAACAUGUGGCAUUAUUUAUAUUUCAUUGUUUUGGUGAAAGUUAAAGAUCCUACCGAAUUCACCGGACCUGAGAGCUACGUUUAUACGAUGGUCAAGGAUCGUAAUCUAGAUUGGUUCCCUCGAUUACGUGCGAUGUCAUUGGCUGCUGACGAAAGCGAAGGCGAACAAAUCGAACUUCGUACUUUACAAUCUCAAUUGGAAGUCACUCAAGAUUUAGUUAAAAUCUUAUCUCGCCAGCUUACAGAAUUAAAGGAACAGAUGACGGAGCAAAGAAAACAUAGACAGAGAAUUGGACUUUUGAAUUCAACUUCCACCUAUAUGCAAAAUUUAUCCAUAUAAAAUAUUGUGUUGUGUGAGAUGAAUUUUGCCUCAUCGACUUCGACGAAGAACAAUCAAGUCAAGAUAUUUAUACAUCAACGAAAUACGUACUAUAUUCGAUGGUAAUAAUAAUAAUGACGUAAUAAUUGUGUAACAGACAACGAAUUAUUCUAUAUUGUUACUCGUACUUUUGUGACAAACAUUCCUCUACGUUCUUCCCUUUCGUAGGUUGUAUCUCUACCUACCUGAUAAAUUACGAAGAUGAAAAAAAAAACUAAAAAAUAAUCAUAGAUUUAAUUUACAUAAUAGGUAUAAAUAUAGGUAGCAUUCCGGCGACAUUAAUUAACGUUCAACGAACUCGUGUGAUAAUCAUAUUAUUUACCGAUGAAAAAUUUGAAAAAUAGUGCAAUAAUAUUUUAUCUUAGUGCAAUUCGUCGUGCAACAUCAUAUCAUUUUUUUAGAAAGUUUUCUUUUUUAAUUGUUUUAUCUAUUUGUUUGUUUGUUUUUUUUUUUGAUUUUAUUAUUGUUAUUGUUUGUCUCCUUGUGUAGUGUUUCUCCUUCGGUGAAAGAUUUUUUUUGAAAAUCAAGUUGUAAGCCUUAUACUAUAACGUGCGUAGCAUACGUUACCUUCGUAUAAUGAUGAAUAACAUCUCAGUUACCAAUUUUCUUCGUAAAAUGACGCAGAAAUUUUUUUAAAAAGCUGUUGAUAAUAAUGAUAGUAUUUUCGCGAAAAAUGCUCUCGACUCGCGAUAGAGGUUUUUUUUCGUUUUCAUUUCCUGAUUCUGUGAUCUUACUUAUUAUACAACGAUAUUAUACUAUACCUAUUUAACUGUGUAUUUAGAGACGAGACUAAAAUGUUCGACUAUAUACGAUACGCUCUGAGCAUUAUAGUGAAAAUUUUAGGUGUAUUUUUUUUUCUUUUCUUUAUUAUAUUAAAUAUGUUAUUUUGUCUACUUAUAGUUUAUAGAUGUUCUUCGUGUUUCGCAAUAAUGAAAAAUGUGAUCUUACGACU